CGUGUACGCUACCUUCCAUCGUUCAACUUUUGAACCACGAUCAAGUUGCUAUAUUUUGCCAUCAAGCCGAAUUGCAUUGCAUUACAACUUGCUAUUUCAAGAAAUAUUUCAAGAACUAUUUCAAUGAGUUUCGAUGAUUGCUUUCUUCUUGGUUUGCCCGCAGAGCUUCUGCUUCUAAUAAUAGAUGGUCUGUCCCGUCAGCGUGACCUAGCGGCUUGGUGUCAAACAAACCACUAUUUUCACUCCAAGAUCGGCCCUAUCCUUUAUGAGAAUGAGAUCGCAAGGAAUGACUGGUAUGCCGUCUUUUGGGCCGCUGAGCAUGGCCGCGUGGGAACCCUCAAGCAAUGGAUUGCCGUUCGCAAUCGGGAUGACAGUUUCCGCGCACCGAUCGAUGUUUACAGAACAAAGUACAGAAGCAUGCUUAUCCGUGAGAAUGAGGUUCAUGACCCAAAUCUUCGUCUCGACGAUGAAUAUAUCUUAGGUCCACUAGACCAAAGGACGCGACAGCGCCAUCAUUUUAUUCACGCACCUUUACAUAUCGCAGCCAAGAACGGGCACGCGAACGCGGUUGAGUUCUUAAUUGAACACGGAGCGGAUAUUAACGCGCAGUCACUCGGCUUUAUGUAUCGUGGACUCGGCAUCUUCAAUGAUGCACGGGAUAGACACAGUAGCUUCGAUGAAAAUUGUAUCACAUUGAACGCUCUCCACAUUGCUAUCAUCAUGGGUCAAGCGGAGGUCGCGAAAGUCCUCCUUCAGCGAAGUAUCGACCUCAAAGUUGCACCAUUACGGGCUGAACACGAAAGCAAUAUCACAGCCUUCCACCUAGCAGCUGCUCAUGCUACGGAGGACCUGGACGUAUUGCGGAUCAUUGGCAAACGCCCAGAUGUUGAUGUCAAUGCUCCAGAUAUUGAUGGCCAAACACCGAUCAUGUAUGCGGCAGAAGACCCGUUGAGGGAAUUUCCAGCAUUCCCGGUACUGAAGGAGUUGGGGGCUGAUAUUGACUGUAUUGUUCGCACUCGGGACGGUAUUGAAGCUCCUCUGCUGGUGGCUUUGAUUCGUAGGAUACGCUGGAAAGCCGCUGUGAAGCUAAUCGAUGCUGGUGCCAAUUUGGAAGUCGAAGGAGGCCGACGGCCGUUACUGGAAGAGUGCCAACGAGCCAAGAUGUCAGUCAUUCAUCCGGAAGUGCUAGAUCUCCCCGCAUAUCGUGAUUUGAUCACCCGGGUGGAGCGGCGAGUCAACACACCAUCGAAGAAUAACCUCGCUGGGAAUGAAAAGCCGCAUAAUCUUCUGAGGAGGGUAGUGAACCUAGUGCGGAGGUGAUGGUUCUGUUUGAUAGAAUGUUAACAAUAAUAUCUCAGGGCUUGGUCGUGUGGCUUGGCAUAUUUAUGGUGCUCUAUCAAUUAUCUACCACACCGUCUAACAUUACCGAAUGCUACUUACUGACUACUAAAACGUUGCGCAUGCUGUGAUAUUCAGCAGUGCUUGCCUGGGAUCAACUGCCACUUUCGGUACAAGCCUUGGUCUCACACCGGAAAAUCGAG